GACCUUCCAGUGUAAAACAUUCCAACACACUGGGGCUAUAAGAAGAGCUCAGUGAGCCACAUGAGUUUUCGAGCGACCAUGGACAUUGAGCACCAACUUCAGCAAGGGGCAAGUCAUGCUCAGACUGGCACUACCUUCAUCAAGACAUGCUUUAAUGGCCUUAAUGCACUUGCAGGUGCAGUUUCUAGUGGUAACGGGAAAAGGAAAGGUAGAAGCUGAAACUCAAUGAUGAGACCUGAACUUUGUCUCCCUCCACCUUGACCUUUGUCACAGUGCCAUCUUCUCAAAAGCACAGUGGUGGAGAAGAUUCUGCUGAGGUUUUCCUUCCUUUGAGCAAACCUAUUAAGUGGAGUUGGUAUAUUAUCAAUACCAUACGCACUUUCAGAAGGAGGAUGGGUAAGCUUGAUCUUUCUGGUUCUGGUAGCUGCUGUAUGUUGCUAUACAGGCAUCCUUCUGAAAAGAUGCAUGGAAGCAGACCCACAGGUCAGAACCUAUCAGGAUGUUGGUGAUCUUGCCUUUGGUACUAAAGGAAGAAUCACAAUCUCUGCUUUCUUAUUCCUGGAGCUAUUCUUGGUAGCUGUCGAGUUUCUGAUACUAGAAGGUGACAACUUAGCAAAACUCUUUCCUCAACUAAGUUUUAGAGUAGGGGGACACGCGAUUGGAGGAAGCCAAGCGUUCAUAAUCAUCUCUGCUCUGGUGUUUCUCCCUACUGUUUGGCUAAGAAGCCUGAAGUUGCUCUCUUAUGUGUCUGCUGGAGGUGUGGUGGCAUCUGUGGUUCUUGUGGCUUCUGUCCUUUGGGCUGCUACAGUUGAUGGUGUUGGUUUUCACCAGAAGGGAGAGGUUUUCAGGCUUAAUGGCGUGCCCACUACUGUCAGCAUCAUCACCUUUUGUUAUUGCGGGCAUUCUUUAUUCCCCACAAUCUGUUCUUCAAUGAAAGACAGAACUGAGUUCCCUAAGGUACUGUUUGCUUGUUUUGUCAUCUGCACGUUCAAUUAUGGAUCAAUGGCAGUACUCGGAUACUUGAUGUAUGGAAAUGAAGUAAAGUCUCAGCUGACGUUGAAUCUUCCGGUGGAGAAGCUAAGCUCCAAAAUAGCAAUAUAUGUCACCUUGGUAAAUCCUUUGACCAAAUAUGCACUGAUCGUUACACCAAUAGCUGCCACCAUUGAAGACAACUUGAUGUCAAAGAGGACCAUCAUCACCAGCCUCCUAACAAGAACCACGCUAGUGGCAAGCACUGUCCUUGUAGCUUUGGCUGUCCCAUUCUUUGGGUACAUGAUGGCUUUGAUAGGAUCAUUCCUCAGCAUCACAGUUUCAGUCUUGUUUCCAUGCAUAUGCUACUUGAAGAUCUGCAAGGGCUACAGAAGGUCCAAGCUUGAGGUCGCAACAAUUGCAGUGAUUAUGGUAGUGGGGUGUUUGAUCGCUAUUGAGGGUACCUAUAGUUCUUUGCAAAAGAUCAUACAGCAUCUAGGGUAAGUGAAUUGCCAGAUAUAAAAGGUCCAAAUGAAAAUAUAGAAAUAUCACUUUACAGGGGCGGCGAGGAAUGCCAGCAGUAAUUUCUCUUCUACACAUGCAUUCAUGAUUCAAAUGGCCCCUUCAAGUUGUUUAGUGCUUUGGAAUGAAGUCCCUCUCCGUGAACAAUAAUGUAGAUAACUGUCACAUAUAAUGUCACUGCAGCCAAAGUAGAAGAAUAUAAUGAUCCAGAAAAUGUAAGACAUUGUCAAAUCGAUGGAAUUUCCAGCAAAAACAAACUAUAAUUCUGAGUUUCCACUUAAUGUUGAUAA